ACAUUCUUGAAAUCCAGUAUGUGACAAAUGAAGAAGCACGCACGCACACGCUUUGGAAAAGGAACGUACCCGGACCAAGUGACGAGAGAAUCCUACUAAUAUUCAGAGAGGGGGAAAAAAAAACUAAGGGAGAAGUCUUCAACGUUCAACACAAGAGGUGGUGUGAGCAAACACAAGGCGUUAAUUCACGACUCUGCUCUUCAACAUCCACUGAAUUCUUUGAACGCUUCCAUUGAAAGGAGCAGCCAACAAACUGUGUUCUGUAAUUGCUAGAAAUGGUCCCGAGUCGGCACACUCAUUUUUAAGCCCCUCGGGCCGGAAUAAAAAGAUUCUGGGUACGUGUGUACAACUUCUUGGGACAGCAGAUGAGCAGUUUACAAUGCCGAUCUUCUGUCAGCGUCGUAUUGGGCCAAAGAGGAAGAACAUAUUCCUGGACAUUAUAAAGUUAUUGAGUAACAACCGAUCUCUGAACACAUCUGACUGGGCACCAAGAUGGCCUUUUCUUUGAACGCAUCUGGAUCUGGUAAUGAAUCUAUGCAGCCAGCCGCCGAGGACGGAAACACACUGCACUGGGCAGCCCUACUCAUCGUGAUGGUUAUCAUCCCCACCAUCGGGGGCAAUAUCCUUGUCAUAUUGGCCGUAUCCUUGGAGAAAAAGUUGCAAUAUGCCACCAAUUACUUCCUUAUGUCUCUGGCAGUGGCCGAUUUGCUGGUCGGAUUGUUUGUCAUGCCGAUAGCCCUUCUUACUAUAAUGUUCGAGAUCGCAUGGCCUCUUCCACGGGACCUGUGCCCUGUCUGGCUGUUUCUCGAUGUCCUCUUUUCCACAUCUUCCAUCAUGCAUCUCUGCGCCAUCUCGCUGGACCGCUACAUUGCCAUAAAAAAGCCAAUCCAAGCCAGUCAGUACAACUCACGGGCCACAACCCUCAUCAAAAUAACUGUGGUGUGGCUGAUUUCAAUAGGCAUUGCUCUUCCAAUCCCUAUCCGUGGCCUUGAGGAAGGCGGCACGACGCUCAGGAACUUCACCUGCGUGCUGCAACCCGAUCGCUUUGGAGACUUCAUCCUAUACGGCUCAGUCGCGGCCUUCUUUGUCCCGCUAGCCAUCAUGGUCGUGACUUACUUCCUCACCAUCCGAGUGCUGCGCAAGAAAGCCCACUUGAUCAAUAAGCUGCCUCAGCGCUUGACCUGGAGUACCGUGUCCACGGUUUUCCAACGGGAUGUGACACCCGGUUCGUCACCGGAAAAGGUGGCCAUGUUGGAUGGUGCUCGGAAGGACAAGCCUUUGACAAACGGGAACGAGGAGCUGCUUAUGCGCAGGAUGUCCACAAUUGGGAAGAAGUCGGUCCAGACCAUUACGAAUGAGCAACGGGCCUCCAAAGUUUUGGGAAUUGUCUUCUUCCUCUUCUUGCUGAUGUGGUGCCCGUUCUUCAUAACCAACAUCACUUCUGUCCUUUGCAAGUCUGCCUGCAGCAAGGAAUUUAUCCAGAAACUGAUGGAGAUAUUCGUUUGGAUAGGGUAUGUUUCGUCUGGGGUGAAUCCACUGGUCUACACCCUUUUCAAUAAGACGUUCAGGGAGGCUUUCAGCAGGUACAUCACCUGCAAUUACCGGACCUCAAUGCCCGGAAGGGGCCUUCGGAAAUGCUCCAGCAGGCUCUCCUUCCGAAAUUCCGUAGCAGAGAACUCAAAGCUUUUUAUGAUGCACCACGGAAUGCGAAAUGGGAUUAACCCUGUAAUGUACCAAACCCCGAUGAGACUUUCACCAAUGCAGUCAUCGUCAGCCAUUCUGCUGGACACGCUGCUGCUUACGGAGAAUGAAAUCAAUAAAACGGAAGAACAAGUCAGCUAUGUAUAGCAAAAAAGGGGAGGAGGGACCUAUAACCUGAACCCAAGGUAUCAGUAUGUAUAUAUGGUUUUUGUCCAUUAUUUAUACAAGACCCCGUUCUAGUUCUAGCAGCUCAUCUCUUCUAAGACGAGAGGCUCCUGUUGCCCCAGAUCACCUUCAAAAUUAAGAGCUAUUUAUUCUGUUACAAAAAAAAAAUCCAUACUGAAGCACUGUAUUUUACAGAC